ACUAAUUAGUAUUAUAAAAUAUUCUUUGCCAACCGUAGCUGCCGUACAUAUUUCACUAUUGACAUAAUUUCUUACAACUUACAUAAAUUUAUCUUGUGGUCUUUGAUGUCAAAGUUAAUAAAAGCUGUAAUGAAAAUGAGUUGAUAGUUUUAGGUAAAUUCAUAAACAUAAUUAAAUCCAAUCCAAAAGUUGAUUCAGAAUAAAAAUAAAAGAUGACUACUCCUGGUGGCUCUUCUUCAUCUUCUGUCCAAGAAUUUAAAAUAAGAGUUCCAAAGAAUGUGAAGAAAAAGUAUCAUGUAAUGAGGUUUAAUGCAACAUUAAAUGUUGAUUUUGCCAAGUGGACACAUGUAAAAAUGGAGAGAGAAAAUAAUAUUAAAGAGUUUAAAGGAAUAGAAGAAGAUAUGCCAAAGUUUGGUGCUGGUUCAGAAUAUGGAAGGGACCUCAGAGAGGAAGCGAGAAGAAAGAAGUUUGGAAUAAUGACACGAAAAUAUAAGCCAGAAGACCAGCCGUGGAUACUCAAGGUUGGAGGGAAGACUGGCAAAAAGUUCAAGGGUAUCAGAGAAGGUGGUGUGUCAGAGAACGCUGCGUACUACGUGUUCACUCACGCGGCCGACGGCGCUAUCGACGCGUACCCUCUGCAGGAAUGGUACAAUUUCCAGCCAAUACAGAGGUACAAAGCACUAUCGGCUGAAGAAGCUGAACAGGAGUUUGGCAGACGCAACAAGGUGAUCAACUACUUCUCACUCAUGUUCCGGAAGAGAAUGAGGGGAGACGACGCGACUGAUGAUGGAGAGGAUCCGGAUGAGAAGAAGACCAAGGGUUCUAAGGCGAAGAAAGAUCUAAAGAUAUCGGAUAUGGACGAGUGGAUCGACUCCGACGAUGACUCGUCGAAUUCCGAAGCCGGCGAAAAAGAGAAGGAAGAUAGCGACUCCGGCGCGAAGAAGAAGAAAAACAAAAAAGGUCCUGUCACUAAGAAGAAGAAGAAAGUGGAGGAUGAGGCUUUCGAGGAGAGCGACGAUGGUGACGAGGAAGGGCGAGAGAGGGACUAUAUAUCUGACUCCUCGGAGAGCGAGUCCGAUCACGAAACAAAGGCGAAUAAGGAACUGAAGGGUGUCGCUGAAGAAGACGCGCUCAGGAAAUUGCUGACGUCGGAUGAAGACAGUGAUGAAGAACAGGAACAGAAGCAAGAGUCAGAGCAAGAGGAGGAGCACACCAAGGAGGGAGAGGAGAGAGCCAAGAAACUCACCAAAAAGAAAAAGAAGAAGGGAGACGAUAACAAGAGAGAGUCAGAAAGUGAGUUCAGUUCGGACUCGGAAACGGAUCCGGAGAGCAGCAAGAAACCUAAGAAGAGUAAGAGUGGCGCCGACAAGAGCACCCCUAACUUGAGCUUGCCGGGUAGCGCCAGCACGUCUCGCUCGGGCACGCCCACCCCCACUCCCACUCCCACGGCCGCUCAGGCCGCCGUGGCCGCAGCCAAUGCCAACGCCAACCAGCCGCCCACCAAGCGAGUUAAACUGGACGCCUCCUACACCGAAUGCGGCGUGACUGAGGAAGCUGUCCGGAGGUACCUGGCCCGCAAACCCAUGACGACCACGGAACUGCUUACAAAGUUCAAGUCCAAAAGGACCGGAGUGAGCAGCGAGAGGCUCGUGGAGACCAUGACCCAGAUCCUGAAGAGGAUCAACCCGGUGAAGCAGAACAUCAACGGGAAGAUGUACCUCAGCAUUAAGCAGACUUGAUUUAUGACAUUAUAUGAAUGUUGUAUUAUA